UGUCCUUUGAAGGCCUUCCACCUUGGCGCCUUUCCAAAAAAACACUCUGCUUUUUUCCAAACCCCCCAACGCCAUGGCCAAAGAUUCGUCCCAACCAAAGGCGGUCAAUAUUAUUCGGCCCAAUCACAGCUUCAUGACGACUAAGCGGACCCCAUCUGUUCACUCGUUUGAGAGUUCAGUUUCCGCCCCGGCGCAACAACCUAUACCCAAUACUUCCAGAAAACCUAGAGUCGCCACUUCUGCCAAGAUCAGUGUUCUCGAUUCCAAACCAGCUCUCAAUAUCUAUCAUCCGCCAUCACGACCGUCAUCCACGGUUUCUGAUCAUCCCAGUUUCUCCGGCCGUUUUACCACCGCACCGCCAUCGCCUCCGAGCCUGGCCAAAGAUCGUCCCCAUAUUGAAAUCUACAAGCCGGCCAAACGAAAUACGCCCAGUUUGCCCAAAGUAUACACAGCGCCGGCGUUAGCUCACACCAACAGCAUUCAUAACAUUCACAGCACCCACAACAUUCACAGCACUCAUAACACGCAAAUGACCCACCCUCAUCCUACCAACACCGUCGCUUCUCACUCGGCUACACCGACCAUACCUUCAACCUCCGCUUCAUCCCAUCUUCGACCCCUUCCUUAUUCUGUGACACCACAUCGAGCCGUGUUGGGACCGAUCAAUGCUCCUGCUGCAUCGACUCCUACCGUCUCCUCGCAAAACCCCGUGCAUUUAUCCAGAAAAGGUUCCCAUGAUACCCGAUCUAUCAUUACAUAUCAUGAACCGGAGAAAUUUGUGGUGUCAGAUGGCUCGAACCAACAUGAUCCUCAUGAUAACCAGAACAUCCACCUGCUCGAUUCCGAUACGGACGAUGAAAAUGACAUGAGCGACGUCAAACCUUCAUUAUCGAACGAUGAAGAAUCCAAGGAGGAGGAUGAAGACGAGGAUGAAGAAGAAGAACCUAUUGUGGAUGAAGCGCGCAUCAAUCGCAAGAUUGCUGACUUGGAAAUUUCUAACCAAUCCUUACUUGCUGUUAAUGCAAUGCUCGAAGCGACGGUGCGCAAGCAAGCCAAAGAAGUCGCCAUGCUCAAAAAACAAGCAGCACUCAAUCAAGGCGUGUCGGUUGAAUUGCCCCAUUUCGAUCCUGGCACGCAGCAGUCGGAAAUUUCGGAAGAUGAAUGGGAAAAUGAUGAGGACUUUCGCCGUCUAUGUCGACUCACCGAACAAAUGAUCGAGCAAGCGCAGGCCGCCGUGGCUUUCGAAUACAAAGGCCAGGGCAGAGUGCUCUCUCACUAUGAAAAUAUGGCUUGACCGAUCCUGAAAGUGAAGAGGAACAUGACGAUUCUGCGUCAGAAGAGUCGAACGACAAACAGCACAAGUUACCACAGGACAUUG